UAAUCCUGGAAUCCGGGAGCUUCCAACAGAGCUUGGUCAGCUCUCCAGUCUGUGGCAGCUGGACAUCGAAGACCUCAACAUUACUAAUGUUCCACACGAAAUAAGAAAAGAAGGUCCUGCAUCGGUCCUGGCUUUCCUCCGGGCACAGCUUCGAAAAGCAGAGCGUUGUAAACUGUUAAAGAUGCUGGUGAUUGGUCCACCACGGCAGGGCAAGUCAGCCCUCCUCGAGGCUCUGCAGACUGGCAAAGCCUCCCCCUUCACCCCAGCAGAAUGUAGCAUCUCCACCUCUGUCUGGGAGCUGGAUAAACCUAGUGGAGGCAAGAACAAAAAAGACUCUGUGAUUUUCAAUGUGUGGGACAUUGGUGGUCAGGCCAGCAUGUCCACAGUGAACCAGUGUUUCUUUACUGAUAAGGCUUUGUAUGUGGUCAUCUGGAACCUUGCAAUGGGAGAGGAAGCUGUGGCCAACCUGCAGACAUGGCUGCUCAACAUAGAGGCUCGGGCCCCUAACUCUGCAGUGAUUGUAGUGGGAACACAUCUGGAUCUUAUUGAUACCAAGUUUCGUACGGAGAGACUGGCGACACUGAGGGCUUACGUUUUGGCUCUGUGUCGAUCCCCAUCAGGGACUCGAGCUGCUGGUUACCCUGAUAUCACCUACAAACACUUGCAUGAAGUGUCCUGUAAAACUCUGGAGGGAUUUGAUGGUCUAAAGAUGCUGAUCUACCAAGUGGUUCUCUCCAUGAAAGAUAACAGCAGCUUAGCCUGUGGUGGCAAACUGCUAGGCAGACUGAUUCCCAGAAGCUACCUGGCACUCCAGGAAAUAGUCAUAGCCGAGAAGGAGAGGCGACAUUCUGAAGGAGAGGUCCAGUACCUAACUGAUGCACAGCUAAAUGACAUCAUUGAACAAAACCCAGGAAGUGACAUCAGAGAUUACGAAGACCUGCAGACUGCGAUCGGUUUCUUGAUAGAAACUGGAACCUUGCUCCACUUUCCUGACACCAGCCAUGGGCUUUGCACUCUCUACUUCCUAUGUCCCGUGUGGCUGUCGGAAUGCUUGGAGAGGAUCGUACACCUCAAAUCCUCUCGAUAUAUAGCAAGAAAUGGAGUGAUCCAAACUGAAGACCUCAGGAUGCUUUUGGUAGGAACAGGGUUCACACAGCAGACAGAGGAACAGUAUUUCCAAUUUCUGGCCAAGUUUGAGAUUGCCCUGCCUGUGGCCAACAACAGCUAUCUGCUGCCCCAUCUACUUCCCCCUAAGCCAGCCCUGGACAUUCAUGGCUUCCGCCAGCAGACCCACAACACCCUCAAACGCCUUUUCAAGAUGAGCUUCGUUCCUGCUGGAUUUUGGGAGCGUUUCAUUGCCAGGAUGCUUAUAAGCCUCCAAGAAAUGGACAUGCAGUCAUUUGAAAGCAAAAUAAAAAGCACCAGGAGCCGGCACAGCAGGAAUUCUGUGAUCUACAGCUUUACCGGAUCACAACAGAGGAGCCGCUGUAGCACCUUUAGAGUCCGACGCAGCCAGACUAUCUACUGGAAGGAAGGACUUCUCGUCACUUUCGAUGGAGGUUACCUCAGUGUGGAGUCAUCGGAUGUUAACUGGAAGAGGAAGAAGAGUGGAGGCAUAAAAAUUAUCUGUCAGUCAGAGACCAGGGAUUUCUCUGCUAUGGCGUUCAUCACAGACCAUGUCAACUCUCUGAUAGAGCAGUGGUUCCCAG